AUGGCAAGGAGCCAAGAUGCGGCGGCUGAGGAGAGGAGGGUGGCGGCCGAGGAGAGGAAGGUGACAAUGGAGGAGAAUAAAUUGACCAUGGAGGAGCGAGCAAGAUUAUUGGAAUGGGAGAAGUACUUGUUCUUCAUGGACACAUCUACCAUCGAUGAUAUGCAAAAGGAGUACGUCAAUCUUUCCCGUGAUGAAGUCUUGGUCCAAAAAAGAGCCAUGGCCAUGGGAGGCAUGGGAGCUACCAUGGGAGGCUUCGUAGGCAUGGGAGCUGCCAUGGGAGACUUGAGGACAUCUACGGGAGGCAUGGCUGGCUUCGGAGCUACCAUGGGCGGCACGGGAGGCAUGGGUGGCUUCGGAGCUACCAUGGGAGGCAUGGGAGCACCUACGAGAGACAUGGGUGGCUUUGGAGCUACCAUGGGAGAAUCAUCUUCGGAUGAGGAGGAAGAAGAGGAUGAUGAUGAUGUGGCAUGA